ACAAUUACACUCCCUGCCCCUAACAAAUUUCCGGCCUCUUCUCCGGAACUGAACGAUCGAGCUCAGCAGAUCAGCGGGAAUGUUUGGGACGGCGAUAAGAUUCCUAGCGAAGAAGCCAAAGCCGAAGAUGAAGCCGAUCGAGCUGAAAACGCCGCCGGAGCAGACUCAGACGAUCACCCGAACCAUCUUCGACGUCGUCAAGGAGCACGGCCCGCUAACCAUCGCAGACACCUGGGAACACCUCAAGGGAGUUGGCCUAAAAGGAUUGACAAGCAAAAGGCACAUGAAGAUAAUCCUGCGAUGGAUGAGGGAAAGGCAAAAGCUGCGGUUAAUCUGCAACCAUGAUGGCCCUCAUAAGCAAUUCCUCUACACCACCUGGUUUACCAAUCCAAAAGCCAUGCCUUCCUCUGUACCAAGCAAGAGUUCUUCAUUGCAUAAGCAGAACAAAUCUUGGUCUUUUCCCCUACUGAGCAGAGGUUAGAAGCAAAACCUUUUUUUAACUAAUGGGUUUUAUGGUUUAGAAGCAUUAGAAGUAUAUUGUACUUAAUUGUUUCUGUAUUUUAACUAUUUUGAUGAUUUGAUUUGAAAUAAAAGGAAUAUAAUGUAGAAUUUGAGGGAUUGAAAUAUUCUUUAAGCUCUUA